AAAGUGUAGAAUUGCAUAAAAUGACUGUCAAGGGUGCGAAUCGCAAAUUUUCAAAAUAUUGAACAAUCUCGAGAAAACACAAAUUUAACCGAUUCUUAAGCUUAGUUUAAUUUUUUCUCUUAGAUUAUGGAAUUUUUUCUCUUAGGUUAUGGAACGUGUCGAAUAGAAUCACACAUACUUAGAUCCAACAUUAGAUAACUUUAAUCAUGAAAAGUGAUAUAUUUCACAUUUUAGAAAUUGACGUUCCCCUAAACGAUGGCGGGAUGAGGAGGUAUUGGUACGGUUCGGUAUCGACGGACGACGGCGUGGUCAAGAUGAUGAGGAUUAAUGACAUCAAGGACUGGGAAACCUUCAUAAACCGGCGCUCCGGCAGAAUUCUCGAAAAUAACCAAAUCCUAUCAAACUACGAACAAAACUUCAAUAAAAAUAAACCUAACAUCUUUUUCUAACAAAACAUUAAUUUCACUAAUUUUACCAAAUUU